UGACCCUGUAAUAUUUCCCGACGGUCUCGGUGCUUUCUCUCCUCAGUCAUGGCUCUGCUGACAUCUCUCCGGUUCCGGCCCAGCAGCCUGGGGUCCCUCGGGGCCAGAGCCAGCUCAUGGUGGUCUCAUGUGGAAAUGGGCCCCCCUGAUGCCAUCCUGGGGGUGACUGAAGCUUUCAAGAAGGACACCAACCCCAAGAAGAUGAAUCUGGGAGUCGGAGCGUACAGAGAUGACAACGGCAAGCCAUUUGUCCUGAGUAGCGUGCGGAAGGCGGAGGCUCAGCUGGCAGCCAAACAUCUGGACAAAGAGUACCUGCCUAUUGGAGGACUGGCUGACUUUGCCCGGGCAUCGGCUCAGCUAGCACUUGGGGACAACGCGGAGGUGGUUCAGUGUGGCCGGUAUAUCACAGUGCAGACCAUCUCUGGGACCGGAUCUCUGCGGGUUGGAGCCAGCUUCCUGCAAAGAUUCUACAAGUUCAGCCGUGAUGUGUAUUUGCCCAAACCGUCCUGGGGUAACCACACUCCCAUCUUCCGGGAUGCUGGGCUGGAGGUCAAAAGUUAUGGCUAUUACGAUCCAAAGACCUGUGGGUUCGACUCUGCUGGUGCUCUGGCUGAUAUCUCGAAAAUCCCAGAACAGAGCAUCAUCCUGUUCCACGCCUGCGCUCACAACCCCACUGGAGUGGACCCCCGCAAGGAGCAGUGGAAGGAGAUUGCUGCCAUCGUCAAGAGCCGCCGCCUCUUCCCAUUCUUCGAUAUGGCUUACCAGGGCUUUGCAAGUGGAGACAUAGACAGGGAUGCCUGGGCCGUGCGCCAUUUCAUCCAGGAGGGUCUUAAUGUGGUUUUGUCCCAGUCAUAUGCCAAAAACAUGGGGCUUUACGGUGAACGUGUUGGUGCUUUCACUGUGGUGUGCAGCGAUGCUGAAGAAGCAAAAAGGGUGGAGUCUCAACUGAAGAUCCUUAUUCGUCCCAUGUACUCCAACCCUCCUCUGAAUGGAGCAAGGAUAGCGGCAGCAAUCUUGACUCAGCCAGAGCUGCGCAGCGAGUGGCUGCAGGAGGUAAAGGGGAUGGCUAAUCGUAUCAUCAGCAUGCGAGAGCAACUGGUGUCCAACCUGAAGAAGGAGGGCUCCAUUCACAGCUGGCAGCACAUCAGUGACCAGAUUGGCAUGUUUUGCUUCACCGGUCUGCGCCCAGAGCAGGUGGAACGUCUGAUGAAAGAAUUCUCCAUCUACUUGACAAAGGACGGCCGCAUCUCUGUCGCCGGUGUCACUUCUGGAAAUGUUGGCUAUUUGGCACACGCCAUCCACCAAGUCUCCAAAUAAAGAGGAAGGAGCCAUCAUCCAAAGCACUUAUCCUUGUUGUCCUGUCUGGGGUACAGAGAACUUUACACCCUCAUAAUUAGCACUUUUCAUCCCCCUAGAACUGUUACUGACCCCAGUAUUCCCUGUGUGUGAGCUUGACAUUGUAGCUCUGGAAGAUGCAGCCAGAUUGGAUGAGAUGGCAGGCGUCCAUUGUUGAUAGAAAACCAUUUCACCACCUUUUUAAAGAUAAGAUCAUGUGACCUCAGUCUCCCAUUUCCCCCUCUGCCGGUCUCGGGGUACAGGCAUGGGAGGAGGGAGCUUUGAAUGUAUUUGCUUCAAUAAAGUCCAUCUGGGAAUCUCCA